UCAGAGGCUGCGUUUAAACAGGCAGCCCAAUUCUGAUCUUUUGCCAAAUUGUGUGCAAAAGAGCUGAUCUGACUGGUCAAAAGACCAAUUUGUGAGAAAGAAUUAUCAGAAUUGGGCUGCCUGUGUAAACGCAGCCAGGGAACAAGUGCGACUACAUUAUUAACUUUCACUUCUCUUCAAAGGUCACCUCAAUUUUCAACCGUCACCUCAAUCGUCACCUCAAUCUUCACCUUCUAUAAACUACCUUCCUAGAUCUGGCUGAUGAUGGUGAAGAGGCGUGCGUUCUCUCUACUGAUAGCUUCUGCUCUGGCAGUCAUGGUCUACGUCAUCUUCACAUUGCCCAGGUCACAGCCAGGCAACCACCAGCAUCUCUAUCCGCACCACAUCUCUGACCAGUCCAUCACGCCUGUCAACGACACCAAACACUUCAUGGUGGGGGCCUACAAGGAACAUCGUGUGGAGGGAAGCUCCGUACGCAUCAUCAGUAUCUUCAGACGAGACUCAGUCCAGCCUCUGUAUUGUGUGUUCUACUGUGGGACUCACUGGGCUAAUGGAACGAAGGCUGAAGUCCAGAUGCACUCGGAUCACUUUGGUUUCCGCUUCGUGACGACCGACGUCCUUUGUCCGAAUCUUCCCGACUGCAACCCGUCACACGUGACCCUCGCCACACAAGCUGACGCCAAGCUCGCUCAGAACCAAACCUUCCUCUGCAUCCAGAACCUUGUGAAAAGGGAGGAAGAGGAGUUUCAGUUCAACUUCACUGUCUGUUGGUCCAAUUUAUUUGGCGAUUAUAACAACGUGCUUCAGGUCACCCAGACUCUGGAGAUGUACAAGUUGUUGGGAGUGCAGCAUGUUGUGGUGUAUAACACCAGCUGUGGACCAGACCUGGAGAGACUGCUACAGAGUUACACACAGGAGGGCUUUGUUGAGGUGGUGCCCUGGCCUAUCGACCAACACAUGAACCCGUCCCGUGGGUGGCAGCCCAGUGAACAUGGAGGGGACAUCCACUACUAUGGCCAGUUGACCACUCUGAAUGACUGUGUCUACAGACAUAUGUAUCAGUCACGCUAUGUACUGCUGAACGACAUCGAUGAGAUUAUAGCUCCAUACCAGCAUCAAACCCUGCCCCAGAUGAUGGAUGUACUUCAGAGGCAAAACCCAAAGGCCGAAGUGUUCCUCAUAGAGAACCACAUCUUCCCUAAGUCCCAGUUUGAGCCUAGUGGAAGGUUUGAACGGCCCCGAUGGCAGGAUGUUCCAGGGAUCAACAUCAUGGAGCACAUCUACAGAGAGGAGCCAGACUAUCGUAUCUACCACCCCUCCAAGAUGAUAGUACGGCCCAGGGCAGUGGAGCAGACGUCGGUCCACUCUGUGCUGCGUAACUUUGGGCAGACAGUGAAGGUUCCUCCUAACGUGUGUCAUAUCAUCCAUGUCAGAGUUCCCCUACGAGGAGAACUGACCAAGGAGGAGCUGCAUGAAGACAAGAGGAUCUGGGACUAUGAGAGACAACUGGUGCCUAAUGUAGAUAAAGCAUUGGAGAAGGCAGGACUACUCCGCAUGUGAAUGGAUUUGCUUCAUGCUGAACCAAACCUGCAGAGAAGUUUAGCCCCACACUUGAAUGCUCUUAACCUGUCUAGGACAGACGUUCCGCAAGCGGAACCCCCCCC